UGCGGCGGUGAGAGAGUGGCGGCUCCGCGCUCGCGCUUCAGUCUACAACUGCGAUUAUUAUUAUUAUUAUUAUUAUUAUUAUUAAUGAACGGAAUUAUUUUUGGUUGUUUGUAUUUCUGCUGCCGGUGUGUGUGAUGUGAAGGGGUUCGGAGCGCGCGCGGGUCAUGUCCUGCCCUGUGGUGCGGAUCGCGGCUCUUCAUCCUCGGCAUGCUGGGGAUCCGAACCCGGGACUCAACCCUGCACCCUCCUGCUGCUGCUCCUCAUCCUCCUCUUCCUCUUAAACAGGAAUAAAUAUUUACACCAAGAAAUAAAACAGAGAAAAGUUUACAUCUUUAUGGAUUUAUUACAGCGGGGCAUGAUGAUGAUGAUGAUGAUGAUGAUGAUGAUGAUGAUGAUGAUGAUGAAGGCUGCGCGCGCGCUGGAGGCUCCUCGGGAUUUUUAACAUUUUCAGCGCAGUUUCCGCUUUGGGGGAAUAAACUACACAGAGUAAAGAGCCGGUGUGUUGAGAUUUUGGGGGAAUAAACUACACAGAGUAAAGAGCCGGUGUGUUGAGAUUUUGGGGGAAUAAACUACACAGAGUAAAGAGCCGGUGUGUUGAGAUUUUGGGGGAAUAAACUACACAGAGUAAAGAGCCGGUGUGUUGAGAUUUUGGGGGAAUAAACUACACAGAGUAACAUCCAGUGUGUUGAGAUUUGUCUCGCGCUUCCAUCAUGCGUCUGUAUCUGUGCAGCUUGCUGCUCCUGUUAGACGACCUGUCUGUCUCCGUUUCCUCGUCCUUGUCCUCCUUCUCUUCCUCGUCCCCCGCGCCGGACAUUGUGGACUGUAUGAAGGCGAGUGAGUUGUGUAACCUGAGUCCCCAGUGCAGCUCUCGUUAUCGCAUCAUGAGGCAGUGCCUCGUGGGUAAAGACUGGAACUCCAUGUUGGCCAGUAAGGAGUGCCAGGAGGCGCUGGAGUUCCUGCAGUCGAUGCCGCUGGUGGAGUGUCGCUGUAAACGAGGGAUGAAGAAGGAGAUAACGUGCCUACAGAACUACUGGCUCAUCUACAUGGGCCUCAGUGAAGGAGAAGAUUUCUAUGAAGCGUCUCCGUAUGAGCCUCUGCCUCCUGUCCGUCACUCUGAUGCCUUCCGCCUGGCCUCCAUCAUCUCUGGUAUGAACGCCGGUACAGGCAAAGCUCAGUCUCAUUGUUCUGAUUCCAGUCGUACCUGUAACCAGUGUCUGGAUGCUACGAAAGCAUGUAACCUGAAUGAUAACUGUAAGCGUCAGCGCUCCAACUACAUCAGCAUGUGCACACGCAAUGAAUGCAACAGGAAGCGCUGUCACAAGGCAUUACGUCAGUUCCUGGAGCGAGUGGAGUCGCAGUACAGCUUCGGCCUGCUGUUCUGCUCGUGCCAAGACCAAGGCUGCGCUGAGAGGAGACGCCAGACCAUCGUCCCCGCCUGCGCCUACACAGACAAGCUCAAACCAAACUGCCUGCAGCUGCGCAAGACCUGCCGCUUCGACACACUCUGCAGGUCCAGACUGGCGGAUUUCCAUACACACUGUCAGAUGAGUGACGAAUUCAUCAGCACCUGUCCAAACGAUGACUACCAGGCCUGUCUCACUGCCUACACCGGCCUCAUUGGGACGGACAUGACUCCUAACUAUGAGGACGCUAAUCACACGGACUUCUCCAUCUCGCCGUGGUGUAGCUGCAGGAACAGCGGAAACCAGGAGGAGGAGUGUGAGAAAUUUCUGCGGGACUUCAGAGAGAACACCUGCCUGCGUAAUGCUAUUCAGGCGUUUGGGACGGAUGUUCCAAAGACAACAGCAUCAACAAACCCCAAUGUCCCUCGCGCCAACCCUACUACAUACCCCAACAUCACCGAACCUGAUUAUAAGAACAAUGGCCUCAAGUGUAGCACCUCAAAAGGCUUCAUCUGUGAGGAAAAUGAGAAUGAGACGAGACCUGAUGUGAUUCCCUUAAACUGGAGUGUCAGACUGAAGCUCUACACUGAGGCCUGGAUGCUCUCGCUGGUCUUUGCUUUAGGAAACAUGGCCCUCUGAGCUUCAACUGCACCUGAGGUCUUAACCCUGAGGGACUUGACUGGACCCUCCACCAAAAUUGCUUGUCUGUCUGUCCUCUCUAUAUUGCAGCGUUACUUCUUACCAAAAAAAUUAACAAAAGAAAAGUAAAGUGUGAGAAAAGGUGCAUAUCUGAGAUGAGUGCAGAACAAUAAGAGAAAAGUCACUGAUUGAUGAUAGAGGAAGUUGACCAUGAUGACCUUGUCUUGAUAUUAAGUGGGAUGAACUGAUUACAAAGACUCCCUUGCUUUAAAUUUUGCUAAGUCUGUACAGCGUCCUGUCUGAACCCCACCAUUUGACCAAAUUGGGGUUCUAAGAACCCCCAACUUUGUGGAGAAAAAUGGGAUUCUGUUCUAUAGUUCUACUCUGUGAAUCACCUUGAGGACAAAGAAAUCAUGCCUUUCUGGCCAUCUGCAAGCUUAGAUUAACUUUGAGAAAUGUGUCGCUGCCAUGCUGUUACACAGGGAUUCUACCAUUCUGAGAAAAACAGGGCUUUGUCUUGACCCUGAAAAGUACCCUUGAGGAACACAGAAUGCUGUCAUGCCUUUAUACCUGGACAAAUAAAUCACGCUGACAUCACUAUUUUUGAGGGAUAUAUCUCUGCACCGUACCUCCACCCUGAAUCACUCCAUCUUCAGUAACAACUUGAGGUUUCAAAUUUACCAUCUUACACCCUGGACCCCACAUCUUUGAGAAAAACAGUGAUGGGUGCAGUCAUACCUUUAUACCUGGAUUCCACUGUUCCCAGUAAAACAAGUUUCUAUUCUGACCCUGUCCACCACCAUCUUUGAGAAAAACAGGGUUACAUCAAAGCCUCACAAAUUUGGCCAUGGAAAAAUGGAGAUGUCCCAAGAUUUUGAACCUACCAUCCUGAAAAGCAUCAGAUAUCAUCAUACUCUUACCCCCAGAUUCCACCAUUUGAAGAAAAAUAGGGUUCUAUCUUGACCCUGAAAGCCACCAUCUUUGAGUACCAUCUUUGAUCCCCAUCACUGUUUUUCACCCUACCUCAACCCUAGAUUGCAUCAUCUUCAUAAAAACAGGGUCACGUAAUGCCCUCGUCAUGCAUGGACACAUCCAUCUUGAGAAACAUGGGGUGCAGUCAUACUUUUACACCCAGAUUCAACCAUUUGGAGGAAAUCGGGGUCUUUCCUCACCCUGAAAACAUCUUUGAGUCCCCAUCAUUGUCUGGAACACAUUGUCUGUGUUUCAAAAUGAUGUUAAGCCCUUCCAUCCUGGGCAUCACCAUAUCCUGUGGAAAACAUGGGUCUAUCCUGAUCCUGAUGUUGAAAGCCACCACCUUUGAAGAAGACAUCAUUUCUUUUCAUCCCACCUCCAACACUAGCUUGAACCAUCUUCAAGAAAGCUUGAGGUUACAAAAUACUACAAAGCGAUUUUUUUCCAUCCAGGACACCACCAUUUUUGAGAAACACAGGGUUCCAUCAUGGCUGUGCAACCUUCUUCAACUGGCUAGCUUUGUGGAAAAUGGAGUCAUCCCAUUAUUUUGACUCCAUCUUUUUUUGAGAAGUCUUUAAAUUCCCUGGAUUUCACUAUCUGUGAGAGAAACUGAGGCAGAUGUUGCACUUUCACCUGGACUAUACCAUCUUGGAGAAGAAUUGUUUGUACUCACACCCUGCGUUCUUCAGCUCCUGACAUGUUCAACUCUGACUCCACUAUAUUUGAGGGAACUGAAGUUUCAUCAAGAUGUUAAACCCUGAACUUUUGGAAUACUUUAUUCAUACUUAUAAUGUUCCAUCCUUCUUUUGCACAUUUGCUAUUCUCCUUUUUCUGAAAGGUUUUAGAUUUUUCUUUAAUUAUUCUUUUUUUUCUCUUUCGUCACUCACUUUUUGUCAGUUGGGAGUAAUUACCUUCAUCGUGGUGCCUUUUUUCCCAUGUGAAGUAUCUGAAGUAUAAAUCUGUAACCUGUCGACACGAUGAGCGAGCACGUCGUUGCUAACAGCUCUCUCAGUCCUGUUAUACACUUUCCUGACAGAUUCAACUCAGAGAAAAGAAAAGAAAGAUGAAAAAGUACUAACUAAUCGAGAGGAGUGACCACUUAAAGAGAACUCGUUCCAGUUUGAAGUGGGUUUGUGAUGCUAAUAGGACGCCCACGUGUAUAAUUUUAUCCUUUGAAAUAUGAUUUUCUUCUUUUAAAUUGUACAUAAUUACAAUGUGAAAGUCUUUGAGUCAAGAACAAUGAUUGUAGUGAACAUUGUUAUUAUUAUAAUUCUCAUUCUGGGGUGAUUGAAGGGAACAGACAGGAGCACAUACAAGUAUUAAGCGCUGCAUGUUCUGACUGGAUUCAUCUGGAUUUCCUGAAGAGUUGACAAAAAAAAAAACACAGGAACAGGAAGUAGUUUGGACACAAUUUCAUAAGUUUGGUCAUUGUCACAAUACCUACAACCAAAGGAUGUGUAAACCGAGACAGUGUCACACGUCAGACUUUUGCCUGCUGAAAGAAGUUCAGGAUGUUGUCGUCAAUCGAAAUUAUUUCAUGUAUCGUGGAACAAACACUCGUGCAAAAGCAAGUGCAACCCAGGAAACGGAUUCCCAAUCACACAAGUUACGAACUGCACAAACUGCUUUCAUGUCAUGUCAUGUCAUGUACCGUUCCUACAGAAAGAAAUAAUCUUGUUGUGUUUCUCCAGUUGCGUGCAAUCUAUUACGUGGCCUUAUUUUUUUCGUCAUAGUUCACGUUGGAGGGAACUCAUGCCAGAGACGCAAAGUACACUGGGUAACAAAGAGAAGACUCACACAUUGGUCUGUGUCAUAACGAAAGGAAUUGAAGCAAUUCACAUUGAUGUAAAUAUCAAUAUUCAGAAAACUAAGAAAAAAACUAAGAAAAAAAUACAGAACAAUUACAAAAAGGGUUCAUCUUGAUGUCGCAAGCAUAUGUAUGUGUUUAAUUGAUGUAAGCUAAUGCUCCGUUCGACAGCACCGAGUCGACACAGCGUGUACCGAGGAAUAUUUUAACAGGAAGUAACAUGUUUUCUGUUGCCACGGCAAUGGAUUGAGAUAAAAAGCUUGCUUUGCAGAAAUGAAAGUAUAUUGAAAAGAAUGA